CUUGGUCUGGUGGAAGAAGGGGGACCCGGAGAAAAGGCAGCGCUACCGCUGUAACACAGGGCAGAGGUUAAAUCUGUUGGCAUUUUUAUCGCAAGUAUGGUCACUGCAUACCCUCUCCCCGAAGGCUUCACCGAAUUAGAGGUGUUCGCCAUCGGCACAGCCCUGCUGAUAGAAGCCCUGCUCGGUUUCUGUCUGAAUGGCUUGACAAUUCUUUCUUUCCGAAAAAUCAAAGAACUCCGAACACCCAGCAAUCUGCUGGUUCUCAGCGUUGCACUGGCCGACUGUGGGAUCUGUAUCAACGCAUUCAUUGCUGCCUUUUCCAGCUUCCUAAGAUACUGGCCCUACGGCUCUAAUGGCUGUCAAAUUCAUGGAUUCCAGGGCUUCUUGACAGCACUAGCCAGCAUUAGCUCCAGCGCUGCAGUCGCCUGGGACCGGUAUCAUCACUACUGUACAAGGAGCAAGAUGCAGUGGAGCACCGCCAUCUCCAUGACAGUGUUUGCAUGGCUGUUUGCUGCCUUUUGGUCCGUGAUGCCCUUGCUGGGAUGGGGGCAAUAUGACUACGAACCCCUCCGAACCUGCUGCACCCUGGACUACAGCAAAGGGGACAGAAGCUAUAUCACAUUCCUUUUUGCGCUGUCCAUUUUCAAUUUCCUGAUCCCGGGCUUCAUCAUGCUCUCAGCCUAUCAGUCCAUACACCAGAAGUUCAAGAAGAGUGGGCACUAUAAGUUUAAUACUGGUUUACCGUUGAAGACGCUGGUCAUUUGCUGGGGUCCCUAUUGCCUUUUAUGCUUCUACGCAGCAGUUGAAAACGUGAUGUUCAUUUCACCAAAAUACCGCAUGAUUCCUGCCGUUGUUGCCAAGACUGUGCCAACAGUGGAUGCCUUUGUGUAUGCCCUUGGGAAUGAGAACUACAGAGGAGGAAUAUGGCAGUUCCUUACAGGACAGAAGGUUGAGAAAGCAGAGGUUGAUAACAAAACUAAAUAACCCAUUAUGGCAUUACGCAAAAUUAAUGCAGGUACAUCACUGAAAGCAAAACGCUAGAGGAAACUGUGUGCAUUCUCCGAUACGUACGUGCAAAGAUGGUUCCACAUUGGGAAGGGCGUGCAUUGGCUACAAGCAACAAAGUACUGAAAGGAAGCCCUCCAGAUAACUGUCCAAACCAUCACGAGCUGCUUGUCAAACAA